CCCUGCAUUGCACUGUCGCGUAUUGGCGCCGUUGGGGGAGGGAAGCGGCAAGCAGAGAGACGUUUUGCAAGAUCCACUUUCACUUCUACCUGCCAACCAUGGCAACAUACGUGCGUACAGUUCGCAACCUUGCAUCGUUCUCUUCCUUGUCUCUCCGUCUGCUGAGAGAUUGCCAUGUGACUCCACCAGCGGCAAAGACAUCAAACGCUCUCCCCUCUUGUAUUCGUCGAAGAUCCACUCGGCAAAAUAACCACUUAGCCAGAAAUGGCGCUCGCACAUUGUCGACUUCUGCGUCCGCUGCUAAAACUUUCAACGCAAAUAGGUAUCGGAGGAGUUCUUUGAGGCGGGUUCAGCCUUUAAAUCGUAAAUUUAACCCAAGGGCUGGUGCUAAUUUUGCGAUCGAGCUUGCACUGGAUUCUGUUGUCAAAGUAUUCACUGUUUCCUGCAGCCCCAACUACCUCCUCCCCUGGCAAAACAAGUCCCAGCGCGAAACAAUGGGUUCCGGGUUUGUGAUUCCUGGCAAAAAGAUUCUUACAAAUGCUCAUGUGGUGGCGGAUCAUUCAUUUGUGCUUGUAAGAAAACAUGGCUCGUCCACAAAGUAUAGAGCAGAAGUCAAAUUUGUUGGUCAUGAAUGUGACUUGGCUAUGUUGAUUAUUGAAAGUGAGGAAUUUUGGGAUGGCAUGAAUCCCUUGGAGCUUGGAGAUAUCCCUUUUUUACAGGAAGCUGUUGCUGUCGUGGGUUAUCCUCAAGAUCUUUCCAAGUCAUCAUCCGAUGCUGAAGGGCUUGAUAACCUGGGCUUGGGUUUUAGUUCGAAGCCUAUGCUUUCUGAGAUACCAAGUGGUGACAACAUUUCAGUUACUAAAGGGGUUGUUUCCAGAGUUGAGCCCACACAAUAUGCACAUGGAGCAUCACAGCUGUUGGCAAUACAGAUUGAUGCAGCCAUAAAUCCUGGCAAUAGUGGUGGCCCAGCGAUCAUGGGCAACAAGGUUGCUGGAGUGGCUUUCCAAAAUCUGACAGGCGCUGAGAAUAUAGGUUACAUUAUACCAGUGCCAGUAAUAAAGCAUUUUAUAUCUGGUGUAGAAGAAAAUGGAAAGUAUAGUGGAUUUUGCUCCCUGGGCUUAUCAUGCCAGCCUACUGAAAAUGUUCAACUCAGAAACCAUUUUCACAUGCGACCUGACAUGACUGGGGUGCUUGUGAGCAAAAUUAAUCCACUUUCAGAUGCAUACAAGGUUUUGAAGAAGGAUGAUGUCAUACUUGCAUUUGAUGGCGUGCCUAUAGCAAAUGAUGGAACGGUUCCUUUUCGAAACAGAGAACGAAUUACAUUUGAUCAUUUGGUCUCUAUGAAGCAGCCUAAUGAAAAAGCAGUGGUCAAAGUUCUGCGGAACGGUGAAGAGCAUGAAUUUAGCGUCAUUCUUCGUCCUCUACAACCGUUGGUUCCAGUUCAUCAGUUUGACAAGCUCCCAAGUUAUUAUAUUUUUGCCGGUCUGGUAUUUAUUCCACUCACUCAACCAUUCCUUCAUGAAUUUGGAGAAGAUUGGUAUAAUACUUCACCACGUCGACUGUGUGAACGUGCGUUGAGGGAAUUGCCCAAGAAGGCCAAUCAGCAACUUGUCAUUCUAUCUCAAGUCCUGAUGGAUGAUAUCAAUGCUGGGUAUGAGCGUCUUGCAGAAUUACAGGUUCUUAAGGUUAAUGGAACCGAAGUUGAAAAUUUAAAACAUCUGUGCCAGCUUGUGGAAAAUUGUAGAGAAGAAAGUGUGCGAUUUGAUUUGGAUGAUGAUAGGGUCAUUGCCUUGAACUAUGGAUUGGCAAAAACUGCUUCUUCCAGGAUUUUGAAGCGUCACAGAAUACCUUCGUCAAUGUCUACUGAUCUUGUCGAUGAACGCAGUAAUUUUCCUCUGAAUUAGGUUUGCAUUAUGGAGAUUUUCUGCCCUUGACUUGCCUCCAUGAAGGAUUGAUGAAUCCGUGAGGUCGGUAGACAAAUAAGAAGGAAGAAUUUACAACCAAAACAAGAGGCAGAGAUAGUCACCACUCAAAUUGCUUGAGUCGGUGUUCAUUCUUGAAGUCGGCACGGUUUCACCGAUGACAGGAGAGUUCAAGCAAGCAUUAUUUAUAUGUUUUUUUGGGUUGCUGUUUCUUGUACUAAAAUUUUAAUACUUCAUAUUAAAGUAGUAAUAUUCUUUCCA